CCUUUAACGUCUGACCUGAUCUUACCACACUUUGAGACUACGCUACAAACCAGGAAGCACAACACAACCGCAAGAUCUUCUGAAGACUGAAUAAGUGAUAAUAACACAGAGAUGCUCUUGAAGCUAACACUGCUGCUGCUGCUGGCUUUACCCACUCUGGCGCUGGAUAAUGGGCUGGCGAGGACGCCCCCUAUGGGCUGGAUGUCCUGGGAGCGGUUCCGCUGUAAUAUCGACUGCAGGAAUGAUCCUAACAACUGCAUCAGUGAAGCUCUGUAUAAAGACAUGGCGGAGCAGUUAGUGGAGGAUGGCUGGUUAAAGCUGGGUUAUGAGUACCUCAUUAUCGACGACUGCUGGUCAUUCACCUCCAGAGACAGCAGGGGGCGCUUAAUGCCAGACCCAGUCAGAUUUCCAAAUGGAAUUCCGAAGCUGGCGCAUUAUGUUCACCAGCUCGGCCUCAAGCUGGGUAUUUACGCAGACAUGGGCACACACACGUGUGCUGGGUACCCUGGCACCACACUGGAGCAGAUACAGACAGACGCUCAGACAUUUGCAGAGUGGCAGGUGGACAUGCUGAAGUUUGAUGGAUGCAAUUCAAAUGCUGAAGAACAGCAGCAGGGUUAUCCUCUGAUGUCCAAGGCUCUGAAUGCUACUGGACGUCCGAUUGUCUACGCCUGCAGCUGGCCUGUUUAUCGCGGUGGACUCCCUCCCAGCGUGAACUACACCCUUCUGGGAGAAAUCUGUAACCUGUGGAGAAACUAUUAUGACAUUGAAGACUCGUGGGACAGUGUGCUGAACAUUGUUGAUUGGUUCUUCCAAAGCCAGGACUACCUGCAGCCUGCUUCAGGACCUGGACGCUGGAAUGACCCUGACAUGCUGAUCAUUGGGAACUUUGGGUUGAGUUUGGAACAGUCAAAAGCUCAGAUGGCGUUAUGGGCUAUCAUGGCUGCACCUCUGAUCAUGUCAAAUGAUCUAAGAACUCUGAGCAGUGAAGCCCGGAAUAUCCUGCAGAACAAAGCUGUCAUCGCCAUCAACCAGGACCCUCUGGGAAUCCAGGGAAGACGCAUCCUGAAGGAUGAGGGCCAUAUCGAGGUGUUCUGGAGGCCUCUGUCUAAAUCUGCCAGUGCCCUGGUUUUCCUGAGCCGACGGACAGACAUGCCCUACCGCUACCACUCAACCCUCAGCCUGCUCAACUACACCACCGGCAGCUACACGGCCUACGACGUGUUUAAAGAUGAAAUAGUGUUUUUGCCUUCAGAAAAAACUCACUUCACCAUCACCAUCAACCCUAGUGGAGUAGUGAUGUGGUAUAUUUACCCUGAUUAAUCCUGGGAGAACAUCGAGGAGUUCUGAGAAAAACAACUUUUCCCCAAUUCUGCUUUGAAUUCAAACACUUACAAUUCCUGUCCUGUUCACACUGUGAAUUUAUUUGCACAAUUAAUAAAACAGUGUUCUAGAAACAUAUAA